AUGAAGCUCAAUUUACUCGUCACCACCGUGGUUCUGCUCAUUGCUUUCUUACCGCGCUAUGAGUGUAGGGCUAUCGAGAGCCCUGGCGCUGUCCAGCGCGCCACCGCUCCACAUCACGACGCGCAGCAACAGUCUCUUCCCCUCCUGACGCGACAAGGAGAGGAAUACUACAUCCGACUGGGCAACGGGAACCGCAACUCUGCUGCGCCCGCACCGAAAGGCAUGUACCCAGAGGGCUCCCCAGCGGUCUAUAAUAGAGCCUUGCAGCUCCAGCUGACGCAGCGUCUUCUACAAGGCAAAGUUGGGAACAUCAGCCGAUUCGUCAGCGGCUUCGCGAACCAGCUCGACGACUCAAUGGAGAGGGGGAGGAGGUCCGAUGAUCCGCCGAUAUCUCUAGAUCUUACGUUCCACAUGCUCCGACAGAUGAUGGAGAUGUCCAGAGCUGAACAGUUACAGCAACAAGCCCAUAGCAACAGAAAAAUGAUGGAGAUCUUCGGGAAAUGA